GGCUCACUCGAUGUCCUCGAGGGGGGUAUUGGUCCGAAGCUCGAGUUAACGACUUGCUCUCUAUUCCUUCCGAUCAAAGAGCCCAUAACAAGCUUCUUGUUUUGGAUAAAUCUUGUGUUGGAAAUUUGUGGAGAGGUGCGCAACGUCGAAGACCGUUAUUAUAAGAGGAUGACUUUCAAGGUUUGUGGAGCGGAUGAUGCUGUCGCUAGGGGUAAGACUAAUUUACUUGGAAAGAGGUCUAAGAAGACCACAAGUCAUGUUGUGAAACCUCGAGUUCCUGCUAAGGAACAUGGAACCGGUAGCUCUCAGUUGACAGCUGAUGGUGUGGUUGCGGCUUCUCCACUAAGGGGUGACAACGAGUUGUCUAUUGAGGAGAGUAUGAUCAACCUGUCCAUCUCUUCCAACAUUUCGGCCUACUCUGACCCUGCUUCUAUCGAAGGUCAUGUUGAGGCUCUUCUUCAUCCGAGAGAUGAAGAGCGUUUGAGGGGCAUCGGAGUUGCUGGGCGAGCGAAUUACGGUGUUUCUACGAUUUACCAAGCUAUUCAAGCAGUCCUCUACUUAAGGCGUGACACAAUUUCGCUUGAUCAAAAGAACAGAGCUUUGAACAAGGAGCAUUCUAGACUUAGAAAGGAAGUGGAGAACUUGAAACUGGAAGGAGAGACUACCAAAUCAUCAUAUGACAAGCUAAAACAGGAUUAUUCCUCGUUGAAUACUGAGUUGGAGCGUGUGCGUGCCAAACUCAAGGAGGAGGAGGCUAAGUAUGUCGCAUUGUACCAGGAGGUUGAUGAUAUUUCACUCAAGACUGCCAUCAAGACAAGGGGGGAGUUGAUGAUACAGUAUAAGAAAGGGCUCCAUCGUGGAUGGGACGUCGAUGGUGCUAUUGCACUUCAUGAAGAAUAUUUGGCUCUUGAGCAAGAGAAUGAAAUGGAUGUUGACGCUCAUAUCUCUGUGUUUGAUGAAGGCGCUGAUGCUCAUACCUCUGUCCCUAGUAUGGGUGUCGACGCUCAUACUUCUGUUUCUGGUGGGAGUGGCAUUGACGAUGUGAUGUUCUCCAUUGCUGAAGAUGGUACCAUUGCUCCAUAGUGGGUCUUUUAUUUAAACUUUAGGUCCAAUUUGUUUAAAGUAUGAACAUCGCCAUUGUGGCAUUAAGUAUGUAUGCUUAACGAUCCUUUUGAUGUGCGGACAUCCUCUUAAUGAUGACCCUUUUGAAUUUUAUGAUGCUUUGAUGUAUGAACGUUGCUUUUGCGGUGGUGUGACUUAUUAUCUUAAUUUGGUAUUAAUA